AAACCCUCUUUAGAGUAUGGACAAAUAUAGGGGUCGUCUCCUCUCCUCAUUUACAAACACUCUCAUUUCUCAAUUCCAUGAGACGCAUAUAGCCACCUAAACCUACGAUCACCAGCUUUCGUCCAAUUCGACAUGUACAUAGACCCGCACGUCCUCGCCCUUAAAUCCGAAUCAGAUGAUCCUAGCAACCUUGGAUCAUCUCUCUACAGCCGCACCGACGACAAUGGCUCACUCUCACAUGAAAUUAUACGGUCCCUCGAGUCCUUUGACCCCCUGAUUCCAACUGAUACCUCCCUCGCCGCCGAGAUCACCCCAAACACCGCAGACGUGCACCCCCGCAAGCAACCAUCCCUCAUCUCCUCACACAUCGGCAUCUUCCUCUCCUCCAUCAUCGGCAUCUGCGCCUGUCUAAUCUUCUUCUACUGGCUCCACGGCUGCUUCAAAGUGGGCGGCCCAGCUCGACCCCGCGGGCUAACUCGUCCAAACUCUGGCUCUCCACGUCCAGGGAUCCUGACUAGACUCCGUCGGUAUUUCUCAAAGGCUCAAGCCGAGGGGAGACGGAAAUUGACUCCCAAGAGAGCGAAGCAAACGAAAGACAGACAUGGGCCGUGCGGCUGCCAUUGGCAGGACUCCGAGAGCGCGUAUCCCGUGCGCGACUAUGGUCCGUCGGGCGGGGUGGCAGGACUCAACAUGCCCUCGCCUGUAUUGGGAGGUGGGCGCAUCCGCGGGCCUUCGUGCAACUGGGACCCGUCGAUGCCUAGCCGGUACUCUAACGCAAUGCUCUACACAUCGUACGGGGAUUCCGGCUUGCGAGGGAUCGGAGCUGCUGAACCGGGCAUUUUCUCGGGUUUGACGAUGCCGGCGAGAUCGUUCAUGAGGUGUGGGAGGCGCUGGACGGGAGGUAGGCCGGGCGAGGAGACUUACUUCAUGGAUCGGGCUAGAGGCUAUCCCACUAUAUCUGAGGUGGGGUUGUUUGCCGACGAGGGGUUGCGAACGCCGCCGCCGAGAUAUGAUGAGAUGUAUAUAGAUGGUUCGAGACGUGCUUUUUAA